AUUUGCGAUCAUUUACUGGCAAAAGCGGAUUUCGCAUUUGAAGAUUUAUUCACGCUAUCACUGGAACUGCAUGGAUUAUUUGAGGAAAGUGUGGCCAUCUCGAAACUGUUUUUAAAUCGAUUAAAGGUUGGAUUCAUUGUCUAG